AUGCCCAACGAAGUCUCAUGCGAACGUAGAUCGGUCACUAUCAAGAUGGAGCACAACCUCGCCGAUCAACUGAACUGUAUGGAGGCAACCCACAAACUUGAGCUGCAGUGCAUGGUUCAGAGGCACGAGGAGUCCAGUCGAGCGCUCGAGUUGGCUCGGGCAGACACGUGUAAGCUGAGAAAAGAACUUGCAGGGAUCAGGGAGCAGGUCUCCCGAGUUCGCCGCCUCUUUGAGCAAGAGGGAGCAGCGCAGAAUGUGGCCCUGCAGCAGAUUAAGGCCUCACGGAGGAGAACUACCGGGCUGCUUGCCGUGCUCAAUGGUGCGUUGGGUGGGAGGGCGGCUGUUCCUGUGAAGAAGGAAGUCCCAGAACAAACGGGAACACGAUUUCAACUUGUGACGGACGCUGAGGAGGAAAAGACCGCGGAUAUCAACCAAACAUUGAGUCAAAAACGCAUGACACAAGGUAAAUCGAUCAAGAAUCCGCAUCCUAAACGCGCGGUACGGAUUAGUCUACGAUUGUACAUACACAACAAUGUGACAUCGAUAUUUCCUUGGACGCUGAUACUUUUUGAAUGCAAGGUCCGCUGUUGGACCCAGAGAGGCCACUGA